AUGGAGGCAUGCCCGCAAGCGGACGCCGCUUUGAACGAACCCGAGGAGGCCAUCCAUUUCGGUGCGCUGCUCUCGCUCAAGGCCAAAUGCCACCUGCUGUUGGGCAUGCAUCAGCUGGCCUUCGACUCGGCUCGCACCGUCUCUGCAUUGAUGCGAGAGCAGUCAUCCAUAUUCCAGUGCAUGCAACCCUAUUUCCUGCCCAUGCUGGCAUACCUGUUGGAGGUGCUGCAAAUGGGAUGCAGCGCGGAGGAGGCGGAAGUGCGAGGCCAGUGCAUGCAAGACUGGGACUUCCUCCACCACACGCUGAUGCCGGGCCUUAAGCGCAAGUACGGUGAUGCGGGCGAACCAGGAAAGCUGGUAGAAGCUGCGCAGCAGCCGCCCCCGUCACCCCUCUCGCCGCCUCGACUCUCUGAAUGCGAACCGGCCGUCGCCACCACAGGCCAGCUUCCUCACCACGAGCCGCAGACCGAGAUGCCAUCAUGGGGGGCGGAGGUCAUUGGCCUCCGGGGCCACGCCCUGCCUCCACCGCCCGAGACCACGGGCUACCAGACAGCCGAGCGGGUGUGGCAGUACCUACACAACGAUCCCCCCACUCUCGGGCCUAUGCCCGUCGCCACCACACAGCUCGCCCCACAAUCACCAUCGUAUCCUCCUGCGCUCCACCGCUCGACAGCGUCGGCGACGUCAUCGGGUCUCCCUGCGAUAUCGCUCCUCGACGACGAGGCCCUGCCCUUGCCUCCGCCGUCGGGUGGCUUCCCCCUGGCGAGCGGUGAGGCUGCAGCCCCGACUCCUUCUGCGCGCAAGCCCUUCGCGGGCCACCCGCAGCCUCAACCACAGGAAGCUCACCACACGACCCAGACGGCGUCGGCCCGCCCAGCCUUGGAGGCGUUCCGCUCGUACGGCCAGUCGUACCCACGGACGACGCCGGAGUACUCGUUGACGCCCUCGCCGAUUACGCCGCUGCCCGACAGGCCGUCGUUCAUCAACAUCUACAACUACACCAACAUCUUCAUCACCUCUCCUGCCGCGGCACCGAGCCAGGUGCCCGCCGCCUCCUCCUCCACCUUCUCCUCGUCUGCUUCAUUCGUGAAUCCCAUCCCACCACCGCCACCAGGCUCAACUGCCGCGCACCCAACAAGCCACAUGUGGCGAAUGUAA